UAAGUAAUUACACACACGCGUGUACGUAUAACUUACAUGUACAUAGAUAUCUUUGUUUAAUGGCAUAACUUUUAGAAAAAGACAAGUUCUGAUUAUUAAUAUAGUUUGAUACGCAGUGACGGUGAAAUUUUGUAAUUUAUGGUGAACUAUUUACCGAGUUGUACGGAAUAAAUGGCCAAUUUAGAUAGAUUACAAUUGAUAUGGAAGAAUGCGGAUGCCAUCACUUUCGACGUCGAUUCGACUGUGAUACAAGAAGAAGGAAUUGAUGAACUUGCAAAAUUUUGUAAAAAAGAAAACGACGUACUUGCCCUAACAAAUCGGGCAAUGCAGGGAGAUCUGACGUUUCGACAGUCUUUGACGGAAAGGUUGAACAUUAUAAAACCAAGCUUUACACAGAUAGAGCAAUUCCUGGCUUCCCGCCCGUUGAAACUCUCGCCCGGAAUCAAGACUUUGACGACAGCUCUACAAACUCGUGGAAAGCAGGUGUUUUUGAUAUCGGGCGGAUUUCGUUCUUUAAUUGCACCGGUUGCUGCGUUUCUUGACAUUCCAUUAGAAAAUGUUUUCGCGAACAGACUUAAAUUCUAUUACACAGGGGAAUAUGCAGGCUUUGACGAAGAUCAACCUACCGCGGCAAAUGGUGGUAAAGCAAAAGUAAUUGAACAUCUCAAAAAUGAAAAAGGAAUAAAGACUGUUGUUCAUAUUGGUGAUGGAGUGACAGAUUUAGAAACUACUUCAGUAGCAGAUUUGUUCAUAGGAUACGGUGGAAAUGUAAUCAGAGAGAAUGUCAAACAACAAUCACUGUGGAUGAUGAUAAUUACAGCACACAAUUUGUAUCUGUACAUAUCUACGAGGAUUCAUAUAGAAAAAUAUAUACUUCUCUGUAAGUUAUGAAA